UGUAUGAGAAUGUUUGUCGGCGACUAUGAUGUGUUGUAAGGAAUCAACCAUUGAUAAACAUUAAGCGAACAUUCAAUUUAAUUCAAAUGGUAGUUUUGAGAACUAUAUUCAGCACUUAUACAUCGUUAACUACUUUUGGAACUUCCGGUAACAAACUGAUCAUACUACGGUAAAACGUUACCGUUAUUACGGUAAUUUGACCUCGCCCACGUUUCAGGAAGUGAUUUUCUGAAAGGGGAGAAAGCUGUCAACACCUGCAAUACCUGAAACCCUGUUGUGAAUAAAAGAAGCGAAAUCCCUCUGUUCUUGUUUGACGUGGUGAGCGACCAUAGAAGAUGUUCUCCCCGCGGGUCCUUAGAUCGGCAUCGUCCAUAGUGUGCAGGGGGUUUUCAAUGGGUCAAAUGUCCAGACAAGGGAAUGCUCCGGACAUGGCUGAAGGAAACACAUAUUUGCUUGUGAGCAAUGUUCGCAACAGGCUUAGGGAGAUAGUUGGAGCAUCCACCAACUGGAAAGAUCACCAGCAAGCAUUGGCUGAGCGUUCGUCUUUGAGCCAGUAUCUUCCUAAAAGUCAGGAAGAACUGCCUAUGAGGACAAUGAAGGACAGUGAAAUUGAGGUUCAUCUACCUCUAGGUACCAAGCCUGAGUUGAGAGAAAAAUACCUCAACUUUCACAACAGCGUCAGGUUUGGCCGGAUUUUGGAAGACUUGGACAGUUUAGCAGUGCUUAUUUGUUACUCCCACACAUGGAAUAAAGAGUUGAACCGAUCACCGCUAUCUAUUGUCACCGCCCUAGUUGACAAAAUCGACAUGAGAAAACAUAUCAUCUACCCAGACUGUGACAUCAAGUUCAAAGGUCACGUGACAUGGGUUGGCAAAACCUCAAUAGAAGCUAAAAUGCACAUGACUCAGUACCAUGAUGGGGUGUACACUGACGUUUUAGAUGCCACAUUUGUAAUGGUGGCCCGAGAUCCCGAAAACAAAAGGGCAGCUUUCAUCAACCCUUUGAAACCAGAUGGGCCGGAGGAAGAGGCCAUUUUUCAACAGGGAGAGAUUAACAAGAAGAGGCGGGUGGAGUUGAACACAGCCUCUCUUCUUAAAGUGGCCCCUACAGCUGAGGAGAGAACCGUCAUUCACAACCUGUUCCUUAACACUUUGGACCCAAGAACUGUUAGUUUUCGGGGUAGAACACUACCACCUAACUCUGUGUGGAUGGAGGAUGCCAAAAUGAAAGGGCUAGAGAUCUGCCAUCCACAGGAAAGAAAUAUCUUCAACCGGAUAUUUGGUGGUUUUCUAAUGAGAAAGGCUUAUGAACUUGGCUGGGCCAAUGCUUGUGCAUUUGCUGGUUGCAGGCCAUCCCUGGUGGCUGUAGACGACAUUGUAUUCCGAAAACCAGUGGAAAUUGGUUCCCUGCUGUUGCUUUCCUCGCAGGUUUGCUAUACAGAAGGGACACACGUUCAGGUCAGAGUUCACACAGAGGUCCUCGACCCUUUGACCCGGCAGCACAGCACCACCAAUGUGUUUCACUUCACGUUCCGUGUCGAGAAGGAUGUCUCCGCUGUUGUACCACAAAGUUAUGGAGAGUCGAUGCUUUACCUGGAUGGAAAGAGGCACUUUGAUGAGACCAUGAGGAGUCAGAGCUGAGCAUUAUGGGAUAUGCUGAUAAAAUGAGAUUCCUGCCAAAGCUUAAGCAACAGCCAUCAGUAUAGCUAAAUGAGUGUCUGUACCGUAAAUGUGGAUACAUUUUUAUUUACAUUGCCUUCAGCAGUUAUGCAAUUUACUAUUCAUCUAUUUACUUUUAUUACAGUUUAACAUUGGGCACUUUAGGAGAAGGGUGUCAUUUUUUUGUUAAAGGGUCAAGGUUUAUAUAUUUUUUCAUCCGCUGUCUCUUGCACAAUAUAGCGUUUAAGCCUUUCUGAGUAUUCUUCAUUGACCGUUAUGGUGGAUGAACACAUUUGCUGCAUACUCGUUACUACUAGUGGAUGCCUCUUUUAGUGUAUUUAAUCCGACUGUUUAGGUUUAGAAAACCCACCCUGCGUCUUAAUUUGCAUUCUAUUCGUCCUAAAUAAUAUUAAAAAUUAAAUCAUAUUGUUGAAGUGCUGAUCCAUACACAUACUAACAGACUGUGAGAGGUUAGAGUUUAGCGAUGCUACAAUAAUGAACAAAUACAAAAAAGUGCGAUUAGAAGGUGAAUUGGGAUGUUUUGUGCAUGACGGAUAGACAAUAAAUGUGUGUUUUGUGUUUCAUGGGUUAGGCGUUUAGUCUAUAUCACAAGAGAUUUAUAUGCAUGUGUUGGCAUGUUGAUAUUUUGCUUGUAGAAAAAAAAGCUCUUCUCAGUAGCCUCAUUACAAUUUUGUCAAAGAAAAACUGAAGUUCUCUUGUUUGCUACAGUAUUUGCUCACUUUUAUAUGAUGUAAGUGUGAAACAGUCAUCCAUUGAAAUUCGGCAAACUGUUGUUAAAUGUUUUCAGUAUGAGGUUGACCUGUGCAGCUUCCAUAUGAAUGUCCAGAUUAACAUUGUACGUGUUCAAGUUCUUGUUCAAUCACUACCUGUGCCAGACUGACAAAAACCUUUAAAACUAAUUAAUUUCUUUUACAUGUACAUUGAUUCAUUUGGCAGAUGCUUUUUUUAUAGCGACGUACAAGAAGGAGAGCAUAUAAAAAUUUUGUCAAUACGCUAAACAGUGCCUUUUAAAUAAACAAAAGGUAUCUAUCAACAUUUAUAUAAAUAUAUGUUUUUAAACAUUUUUUGAAAUACUUUAUUUUAUGCAGUUAUUCAUAAAUGCAGUUAUGAAAUUUCCUACAAUUUGAACACAAUAUAAAUGUUUAUUCACAUAUGUAUUGGCGGACUAACAUCAUUUAUUUUUGUGUGACAGAGGCUACAUAGUCUGCUGCCUAUAUUUGAUCUGUAAUGUCUGAAUAUGAUGUUUUAUUAAAUAUUUUAUUUAUAAUUUAAA